AUGCCCCAAUGGCAAUGGGAACACGUACGUUCUCGAGAGGAUGUGACUUGUUCCGGGGUAACCAAGCACGGAUCGCCGUGCAAACUUCGUGUGUGCCAAGCAAACAUCAAGGAAGCUUACCACAAGCUGAACUGUCUUGCACAACAUACAUUCGAUCUCUCAAGCCUACAGACAAGGCUCCGCGAAAUCAUCCCUCUCCUGCUUUGCAAGAGGUGGCACCAAGACCAAGCCGACGACGUCAGUCGAGCGUGGUACGCAGCCACUUGCACGGAAGAGUCACGAGCCCUUUUUCGAGGUCCGUCUAUCUCUGUGGAAAGGGACGUUCGUGACUCGCGAGAUGGCGGUAUCGUUCACCAGCACGCAACGGCCCCCACCUUAGCGGGAGAUAGAGGAUCCCAAGAUAUCGAUGUGCUUCCGCCUUAUGACCAACUAUGGCCACUGUCAUACCAGGACGCCGGUCGAGUAAUAUCAGGCAACGACCUUCGAGAGAAACAGGUGCCUUGGGAGAUCACACCCACUCAUCCAGCCAUCUUGGCGGUCGACAACACUAGCGGUGGAUCGCACUCUGUCCGAAUUCGCAGCUGUAGCGAUAGACCUAACCUUGAGGAUGUGGAGUGCCGUAUCUGCUUAGGUGGAGAUCGGGAUGAGUCUGUGGUUCUACAGUGCGAAGUUUGCACCAAUGUCGUCCACUUGGGAUGUAUGGAGGACUGGCUCACCAACCGGUCAUCGGUGAACCGCUUCUCCUGCCCAAUAUGUCGGGGCCAGCAAACGUUUGACGCCUUCCAUUGCUCAUCGGCAGUGGAUUACACAGACACGAACGUGGGUAACUUUCGAGAUUCAGCUUUGAGUGAACACGGUUCAGGCCGUACCUCACCCUCCGAGGAAACUCCCCGCUUCGUGAGGUCUUCCAGAGGCUCCUUUGUGGACCUUUCUACCCAGGCCUCUCACUCUGCGAUAACUCGUCUUCCCAACGACCCAGUCUGCGUCGGUCAACCCGACGAACACGACAACCGGAUUGGUUUCGGCAGUGGAUUUCAAUACCGCGACAGGAAUAGCGUGCAGGUUAGCAGACUUGAAGACUAG